UAUACUCUCGGCGGGUACCACGGGUUUACGGUCUUGCGCGUGUGUGCUCUUUUACUACGAUUGCUAUUACCAUUAUUAUUUAUUCGUACUGUUAUAUUAAUAGCAUACCAUCAUUUGCAAAAGCGCGAACACGACGUUUAAUCGGUCUGACGCGCCCCGUAAACGCUCGUCGCGCUACCGCAGCCACCGCCACACAUGGACACACAUAAUUAUACGUCAUGUGUCGAGGGAAAACUUUAACGGUAAACAUUCGCACGCACGUGCAGUACACACACAUCAGCCGUGGCAGACGCAACGUUUGACUCCUACGACACGAUAACAAAAUAUUUAGGUGAUAUAACAAUUUUAUAAGAAUGGAGCCACAAUAUCCGGUUACUACAACAUCUACAGCAAUGGACGAAACACUGUUCGAAUAUAAAGGUGGAUUAGCAGAUGAUUUGAAGUUUCUUGCAGCUAUCCCAGAAGUGUGUGACGUCACAUUUUUAGUUGGUGAAACACGAGAGCCGGUGUGUGCAGUGAAGGCAAUACUCGCGGCUCGAAGCCGAGUGUUUUAUAAAAUGUUAUACGAUACCAACGGAAAACAACUACAACACCAACAACACUCAAUCGGAGGUAAUUCAUCAAAACGCAGUGGAGGUUUAAUAAAGCAAUUAUCUAGUGCUGCUAGUGGGAGUCAAAACUCUCAUCAACAAAAUCGGUUGAGAAUGUUAUUAAAACGUAGUUCAGAACCAUUGAUUCAACACAAUCAUCAACAGCAGUAUCAAUCACGGCAACAGCAAAAAUCACCACCGAAUAGGAAUAGCAUCAAGAACAAUAGCAAAAUGGUGGCUGCCGGAUCCAACGCAUCAACGUCUUGGUCGAAGUAUAAACGAGGAAGUGCCGUUGGAACUGCGGCGACAUCGAUAAGUAAUGCUGCAAAUGUAAUGUCAACGACGGUGAUAAUAAUCGAAGAAUUUGACGCCGACGUGUUCCGGCAACUGGUAGAAUAUGUUCACACUGGUUGUGUGACAUUGCAACCACGAACAUUACUAGGCGUGUUGAAUGCGGCCGACUGUUACGGAUUGGACGAGCUGCGAGCCGCCUGUACGGGUUUCGCCGACACGGGCGGCGGCAUCACUGUGGAUACAGCUUGUGCGCUGUUGGCGUCCGCCGAACGUUACAUCCACUACAAGUGCACCAAAUCGUUGGUGCAAAAAGUGCUCGAGUUCGUAGACGAGAAUGGUGGACGCGUGCUUACACUUGGAUCGUUCACAUUAUUGCCACAACACGUGGUCCGACUUAUACUGUCACGGGACGAGUUACGAGCGGAUGAGCUGACAAAAUUUCAGGCUGCGCUGAUGUGGGCAAAGAAAUAUGCCGCUGAUGCUGCAGACAACAACAAUGCCAAUUCCGAAGAUGCAGAUUGGCGUUCUYUGUUCCGGGAACACUUCGCGCCCAUCAUCCAGUAUCACAAGAUCGCAGCAAGUGUAAUUUUAGAAGAAAUAAUGCCGUUGGGUGUGGUUCCUGACCGAGACUUGUUGUCGGCGCUUGCUUAUCAGAGCUUGUUUACUAUAAAGGACAGUACAGAAACAAUGAUUAUAAAUUCUCGAUAUGAAAAUAAUGCUGAUAGGUUUGACUAUUUUGCCAAUGACGAUUAUGUAAUCUAUUUGAGAUGUUUUUUUGAAAGAAUUAAACACUAUCGCUUACUCUCUGCUUGA